AUGAAACAUCAUGAUACGAAUAAUCAUGAAACAAAUAAUCAUCAAGUAAAUCACCAUGAUAUGAAUAAUAAUCAAUUAAAGAGUCAUUACUUAUUUAACCUUUUACAUACAUCUCCAAAUUAUUUACGAUCGAAUAUUUCAAUCAAAUUAUCAAAAUUCAAUCAUGAAAAAUCUAUUAAAUAUCCAGAAUCCUGGGAGGAUGGGUCAAGAAUUUGUGUGAAUUGUGGAAUAUUAUUCAUCCCCGGUUUGAAUGUAAAAAUUUCUCAUAAUAAAGAUAUAAUUUACCACUGUUCACGUUGUGAUUAUGAGACAAAAUUCCCCAUAUCCGAACCAAUGGAAUUAAAACCUACAAUUGAAAAAUCCAUCACUAAAAAUAAAGCCAAAGAUCGCAAAAAGAAGAGAAAUCAAUCAUUACAUAAUCUCCUUCAACAAAAGAAAAAACCGACUGAUACUCUUAAUUUGAUGGAAUUCAUGAAUUAA